UCUACUCUGAAGCGAACCCCAGAAAAGAAAAGGCGGUGUUCUUCCUGUUGCUGUUUUGUUGAGUUCGUGUUUGAAAAUUGAUCGCAAAGUUGCCUUUUGUGCCUUACCCCCUUUUUCAUUAAAGCUUGAUCGGGGAUUGUGUUUGUUUGAUUCUUCUGCGUUUUCAUGGCGUAUAACCUAGUUUAUCCUUAAUACCUCCGUUUCUCCCUUUCUUUAUUCCUUGUUCUUUCAUUAUAUUUCACUCUCUUCAUAAUCAACAGAUUUGUUCGUUUCUGGGUCUCCCCUGUUUCACAGAUUGGUUGCUCGACAGAGGAAAAUUUGAAAAUAGUUAUGAAGUUAAUGGAGGUUGAGUUCAGAUUGUAACUCAUUUAUUGUCCCUUCUCUGGCUGCUGUAGUAUUUGUAUGAAGCUGAAGAAUCUGAUGGAAAACAAGCAAUUGGAUUUCAAUCAGCCGUUUCUUUCUGUGAGGCGGGUUUCGUCGAUGGAAACGUCGUCGAAAGCUAACGGAACAGUGAUAACGGAGAAUCGCUGGCCGCCUCUUCCUGUCUACAAGUCGGAAUUGAAAUCGGGUCCAGUGAGUAAUCCGGGGAACGUUCCUUUUCUAUGGGAACAUGCCCCAGGAAGGCCCAAAGAUGGAAGAAAAUCACUAACCAUAGGUUCUAAAUCGCCAUUGGCUGCUCCGAAACACCCUUCUGGGAUGUCGUCGGGUUCAGAACAACAGCAUUGUAACAGCAAAGAGUCAACAAGUGGAGGAGAAGCACUUCCAAAUUCUGACCAUUCCCCUGCUUAUAAGAACAUCGUUAAGUUUAAGACCUUGAGGGAGAGGAUCGAGAGAGAUUUAAGUUCUGAUUCGGAGGACGGAGAUGAGACUUAUCUCGAUGCAAAUGGCACCAUUUCUAGAUCCGAGUCAUUUUCCAUGAACUGCAGUGUAACUGGUUUGAGUGGACUGGAUGGUGGUGAUGUUAAACCAUCGGGAUCGUUCUCGAAAGAUCAGCGAACUCACGACAUAAUGAUGGGACGAUUCCUGCCUGCUGCCAAGGCAAUGGCUUCAGAAACACCUCAAGUUGCUCAUAGAAAGCAAAGUGUUCAAAGAGAGCAGAGAAAAGAGGCAAAGAAGUUGAUUAGAAUGGGUAAGGAACAUCGAGUAAAUUCACUUCCACCGGUGUUGCGAUCAUAUUAUGCGCCUCCGAAUCCACACGACGUUGAAGAAAUAAGCGAAGACGAUGAUAUUAGCCUCGAUGAAUCUGAGUACUCAUCUACUAAAUCUUGUGGUUUGUUCGCUCGAUUUUGCCUUCUACACCCAGUUCCCGGAAUGAGAACGCAAGGCGCCUCUGUUGCUUCAGCUCCUAGCGUUCAGAAUGAUAAUUCGACUCAUGGUUCUUGCAGCAGCAUUAAGAAUCUUAGAAACGAGGAAAAACCGCUCGAUUCGAACCAGAUGGGUGAGAGCACGCCAAACGACUCGAGAAGGCGAUACAAAUCUCGCCUUUCUGAAGAAAAAGUUUUCCCCAGUGACCCAGAAGGAGUUAAGAGUUCCAUACAUAGAAGAACAGGAACCAAAUUUCGUGAAUUGUUAGCCAAUGAAUCAUCUUCGGCGAGGCCCUUUGUCGUCGAGAAAACGUCGCUCGUAGAUUCCGUUCACAAUAUGAAGUCUCGGAGUUCAAAUUUAAGCUCUAAAGAGAAUCUUCAUUUGGAUUCUUCCCCUCAACAUGUCCAGCCAUUAAAUGUUGAAGGUGAAAACAAGAGGUUGAGCUCUACGAGUAUCGACUCGAUGGAUUCGUGUUCAUCUUAUUACGAUACGAAAGCGAACUUGAAGGCGACACGUUUGGACGUAGAUCUAAUCCAUGAUGCAAAAGUGACACAUGAAAGAACAAUUGAUUCUGAAUGUGAUCAUCAUAAAAAAUCAAGUCACGGAGAAAGCUCAGAUGACUCUUUUCAGGAUUUUGUCUCAUUUACGAGUUCAGAAGCUUCGAAGCUACGUUUAGAAGGCCACGACCAGGAUUCAAUCACAUCGACAAGCUCAAGAGCCACAGCGCGAGGCAAAAUCGAUCUCGAAAGCACUCGUCGAUCAAAAAGAUCCUUGUCCAUUUCUUCACAGCUUGCACUAGCUCCACCUCUACCAAAAUCUCCAUCCGAGUCCUGGCUUAAGCGCACGUUGCCAACCAUUUCGUCGAGAAACUCGAUGCCGAAGUCUAGGCUGGCUGCUCGCGUUUACUCUACAAGGCAAAACAACACUGUAUUCUGAUGUCAAUGAUGAUGGCAUUGGUCAUGAAGAAUAAAAAACAUAUUUUAAUCCUCG